AUGAGUAAUAAAAUACCAAGAAGGUAUAGUUUAACAAGAAAUGAAAGAACUACACUGGGAAAAAGUUUAUUAAGAUAUAUUCAAGUUUCACAUUAUUUUGAAAAGCCAACAGUAACAAUACUUAAUGAAAAUGUAAGAAAAGAUUUGAUUAACAAACAAAAGGAGGAAAUUGAAAGAAUGGAUUUGGAGGAAUUAAAAAAAAAAAAUGAAAAAAAAUUAUGGAGAGAGCUUGAUUAUAAGUUAAAAGAAUGUAUAGAUGAAAGAGUAAAUCUUCAUAAUAUUGAUAAACAAAAGAAUUGGUUUAAAAAAAUGGUAGAUGAAGAUCCUCCUCCAGAAUGUAAAACCGAAAUAGAAAGAAAAAUAAGUUUUGGUAAAAAUAUUGGUGAAAAUACGAAUCAAGGUUAUAUUAAUAAUGAAAUAAGUAAUACUAAAGAAGUCCAGGAAUAUAUAAAAGGAGAAAAUAUUAGCAAUAAUGAAGUAAGUAAUAUUCAUAUCAAAUCAGAAAAAGGGUUUCCUUUUUUGAAUUUUCAAUAUAAUAAUAUUGAAGAAACUGUUAAAAAAUGGAAUCCUCCACCAUUUAAUAAUGUAAUAAACGAACGAGAUUUUUCUAGAAAAUUAAGAGUUUUAAGAAAGGGUGAGCUAGUUAAAACUAGUGAUCAUACUAGAGAAGAUGAAAAUAGUGAGAGUAGUGUUUAUGAUGAUAGUGAAUCAGAAAGUGAUAGAAAUAAUUCAUACUACGAAAUUCCUGUGAUAGGAGAACUAAUUACAGAACAUGAGUUAAAAGAAAGAUUUGAGGAAGAAGAUAAUAUAUAUUUGAAACAAUAUUUAGAUGAAAUUAAGCAUGAUACAAAUAUUAUUGAUUUUGUUAAGGAAAAGAAUAACUAUAAGAAGUUUAAGAAAUGGUUAAAAAAGAAUAAAUUGAAAUUAAAGAAAAGAGAAAUAGUUUCUGAUGAUAAUUAUUUAAAUUUAAAUAAAAGUCAUAUUUUUGGUUCGGUUGGUGGAAAUAACGAUGAAGAUGACGAAGCCAGAGAUUUACAUACAAGAAAUGAUUAUAGAAGAUUUGAUAUAUUAUUAGAUUCUAAUUUAUUUGGAUAUUGUGAUUAUGACGAAACGGAUAAUGUUUUAGAUGGGAUUAUAGAAAUUGAGAAAUCAAAAAGAAAAGAGGAUAAAGGCAAUCAAUUAGUUGAAAAAGAACAGAUUAAAAAUACUCAAUUAAAAGAAAAAUUCCAGAUAGAUAAUGUUUCUAAAAUUAAUAAGGAUGUAGAAGGUGAUGAUGAUGAUGAUGAUGAUGAUGAUGAUGAUGAUGAUGAUGAUGAUGACGAUGAUGAUGAUGAUGAUGAUGACGAUGACGAUGAUGAUGACGAGAAAGAAGAAAUUGAAAAAGAAAAAAAAUAUGAGUUUGAAGAAAAUAGAAAAAAAUUGAGUGGUAUUCUCUUAACGAAUUAUGGUAAAAAUUCAAAUAAACGAGAACAGAGUAAGAAUAUAAUAGAUAAUUCAUGUUUUAAUAGAAUGUUAAAUAUGUUAUUAAAGGCUGGUGCUGAAAUUGAUGAAGAUGAGGAAAAAAUAAUAAAGGAGGAAAGAAAAGAGGAACAGAAUUUGGGAAGAUUGAGAAUGCCUAAAACACUUAAUAAAACUGGCAAUAUUGAAAAUAAAGAAUAUACAGAAAGUUUGGAAGAAUAUUAUGAGAAGAAAAAAAAACUUAGAAUAAAUUUAAGAAGUAAAGUAUUGAGGGAAAAAAAAAACGAAAGAGAAUAUUCAUUAGAACUAUUUUAUAAUAAUCCAGUAAUGUUGGAGUCCUUUAUAAAAAAAAUGGAUAAUCAAAUUAGUGAGAGAAAAAAGAGUUAUGAACAUGAAAAGAGUGAAAAGUUUAAUUUAUCAUAUAAAUUAAAGUUUAUGAUAGAAAGAAAUGCUCAGUUAAAUUAUUCAAUUGAGAAAGCAGAAAAAGAAAUUAAUUAUUUAAAUGACGAAUAUGCAGAUAAAAAUGCAUAUAUACAAAAUUAUUUGAAGAAAUUGGAGGAAGAAUUGAGUGGUUUGGAGAAAUUACAAAGUAUUCUAAUUAAUUCUUUAGGUAUGUUAAGCCAUUGGUGUGUAUGUGAGCCGGAAUAUUUGGAUCCAAAAUGUACUGAAAACUGGGAAAAAUCAAGUAUUGCUUUAGUACCCGGUGGAAGAUCAUCGCAUGCUUUAUUAAUAUGUAAAAGAAUAUGCAAUUUUGAUUCUAGACUUUCGAAGUUAUACAAUUCAAUGUAUAUUCAUAAUUAUAAGCUUGGAUUGAAGAUAUUAAAAAGAAGAGCAGCAUUACAAAAUGCCAAACAGAAGAAAAAAUUGGAUGACAAAGAAAAAGAAAGAGAAGAAGGAGAAGAAGAAGAGGAAGAAGAAGAGGAAGAAGAAGAAGAAGAGGAAGAAGAAGAAAAAAAAAAAGAGGAAAAAGAAAAAGAGGAAAAAGAAAAAGAAAAAGAGGAAAAAGAAAAAGAAGAAGGGGAAAAAGAAAAAGAAGAAGAGGAAAAAGAAAAAGAAGAAGAAGAAGAAGAGGAAGAAGAACAAAAAGCUAAGAAAAAUGAUCAAAAUCAAGAUGAUAAUGGGGAUUCUGGAAAUAAUCAAAAUCGUAUUAAUAACAGUAUGGAUCAAAACGGUCAUUUAGGUGAAGAAAAAACAAGUAGCAAUCAGGAGGGAAGUUUUAAGAAUCUAGGUAAUAAAAGCAAUAAUUAUGAAGAAAGUAGUGAUAUUAGCCGUGAUAAAAAUAAUAAUAUGAUUAAGGAUGAUACUCCAAUUUAUUAA